UGUAAUAUGACUUGAGAGAUUUAAACUCUGCACACUGAGUUGAUCUCUUUUCUAUAGAUGCCGGAGGCGGGCAGCGUCAGGUAAAAAAAGUGAUUAAGCCUUUCCAAACCUGAGCCUCACGCGCCGGCGCCGCCUAUGGUAUUGGGUAUUGGUUUGCAUGAAUCGCAACAAUUUCACAUGUAUUAGAUUCAUUCAUGUUGAGAUAAACUGAGACAAAGGGAUUAGGGUAUAUCUGAUUCCCACUCCAGAGCAGAAGGUGGCGGUAUAACCACCAAUAAACUGGAUACCAACCACAGUCUAUGAUACCAACUAAUGUAAACAGAGACAAAAAUCAAUCUACUUUCAAAUGUUCACGGUUGUAAAGAUGUGAAACAACAAACAUGGCUUGAACAAUAAGGCAUGCUACAUUAUUGACUGCUCUUGGACACUUCCAUGGAUGUAUUAAGAGAACUCUGCCAUGGUUUAAUUUUGACCGCGAUCUGGCGGGAAAGGGUUUCCCCUGCAUCCUGUGUGCACUCGCGAUAUUUGGGCAUAACCGUAAACUUAACCAUCAUCAUCGCGAGAGAGGAUCAUUGAGACAAGAAAGACCGAUGGCGAAAGUUGGAGGAGAUCAAUGGACGAUGUUGUGUGUGACACGUUGACACAGUGGCAGUUGACAGACGUUAUUGAUAGAUUUAAAGAUGAGGGAAUUGACGAGGAGAGUUUUCUUCUUUUAGACGAGGGGACCAUCAGCCAAUUGAUUCCAAAAGCUGGCCCCAGGCUUAAGUUCCUCAAAAAAUUUAGAGGACUUUGGUUAGCUAUAAAUGCUGCUUAAAAGGUGCCUUUGGACUACAGGGAUGAUCAUGCGAUGGAGUACUGGGAUGUUUCUGUAAAUACUGGGAUGGAUGUGAUAAAUUGUACAAUUGAACCUGCUGUGCCACCUACAAGUCCUGAUGUCCAACCAACUGCCACAACUCCACCCUCCAUGGAGGACCAAACGGCACCUGUCGUACCAGCGAUGAUACCUCAAACACUACAUAUAAUUCCACAAUUUGAUAUCCGCCAGAUUCUCACAGGCUCAACUGAAGGCAAGCUGAUCCUGGGGAGCCUUGAUGAGGAUGUGAUCAUCCCUUCGCAAAGAAAGUGCCUUGUCCGUAUUUUGGUGUCUCACCUCAUGGAGAAGUUUGGAGAGUCCUACCAGUGAGACAAAAAAGGCCUUGGCUGCAGCUUUGAUUCAUGGGUUUCCCUCCUUGAAGGACGAGUCGGACUCAAGCAGUGGCUUCGGAUACUGGUUCACCCCAGGACGGAACCGCCGCCCAGCCACUGGAUUCCUCGAAGAGAGGCUUCGGAACGUCAGAAAGAGGAUGAGAAAACCGGCCAGGUCACAGAGCACGCAGCAGACACCACCACAAAGUAGUGAAGCUGGCACUCGUAGGACAUUCAUACCAGAAUGUACCAUAUCGGAAGAAAGAGCCAUACAGUGUAAAGAAUGGCUGAAACACAAUUCGCAGCCCCUCAACCAGGUGGAGCAAUACAUGCAGGAUACAGCAGUGUACAGGGCCAAGUCUUUAAGGGAAAACGGGUGGGCCAUUCAAGGGAUCCGCCAAGAGUUCCCACAUCUAUUCACUCCAGGCAUGAUUGCACAGGACUUUCAGAUCCUACAUGGAGAGGCUGCGCCUAAGCUCUUCGAAACCUGGCUACCUUUGUUUAAAGACAAGAUCCUGCACCUGGCGAGACGGGAAGGGAAACUUAUCUCGUCGCUUGAUGGAUUAACACCCGAUUGUUUGGGGGAACUUGCUCUGAGCCAGUUACCAACACUGCUUCCACCAACUGUCUACAGGGUUGGCCGAAAAGUGUUCCGGUACACUAUCGAGGAGUCUAAGUUGGCCUUCAUUGAUCAUAAGCCUGUUGGAACAAACUUGGUGGAGUACCUCCAUGAGGCGAAGGUGUCAAGACCUUACCCAUAUGUCCUGUCCCUGGGAAACGAUAUUUGGCACACCUCUCAGGCGUUCGUUAUUCUUGAUGGGGAGGCGUUGGAACAAAACACAUUGCUUCAGGCAGUAGAUGUCUGUUUCAAGGUAUUCUAUAUCUUUGACAUCGACUACACAAAGCAGUGUGAAGCUGUAUGGAAAUUCCUCCAAAAUGCAGUGUACGAAAUCAAGGGAGGAGAGGAGUCAAAACCUGCUACAUCCUUGCGUGCAGCAAUACUUGCUUGCAAGUAGACUUGUGGUCUUGAUCCUUUUAUUUUCUUCUGCUGGUCCUCCUGUUCUAUUCUCUCUCUUCUGCUGCUUGGCUCAGAGUAGGGUUCUAUCUGGUUAAAUUAAAUAUUGCUGGAUUUGUGAAGUGUGUGUGUGUUAUGUUCAAAAUACUACCUAAUGCUCAAAGUAUUUUAUGAGCAAGUUGUGUGCUAAAAAAAGAGCUAAAUGGUGAAAGCAUAAAUUGUUAAAAUGUUUAUUUGCACAUCUUAGUUUCCUGUAGUUCGGAUCACCUAAAGGAGCAGUACAUUGUUGUGAUCAUGUUGGAGGAUUUUCUUUGUAACGUUUACAUAGCCAGUAUAUGAACCAGUCAUUUCUGAAAAAACGUAUGUUGCUAUUAGUGGUUCUCAAACCAGAGCUUGUAGAUCUGCUAAUGUGUGUUGUUUACAGGCUGUACUGUACAUGCAUAAAUGUCAAGUUUUGUUUAAAGAAAGUUUUGCACUUUAUUGUGAACUGAAUAUGUUUGCACUUUAUUGAACUGUCAAUUGUUAUAACAAUAAAAUGAAUAUUUUUCUAAGAUUC